AUGGACAGGGAACUAAUAUUGGUGGUCAAGAUGGGAGGGCUUGGGAAGACAACCCUCGCAAAUCAAGCCUUUGAUGAUCCAGCAGUGAAGAAGCAUUUUGCUGUUCGUGUUUGGGUGACGCUUUCUCCAUCCUUCCAAGACCGAAGAGCUCCUCAAGGACAUCUUCAACAGGUUGCCAGUCAGACCAGAAAAUCGACUCCAAGAAGAGCUGCAGACACCUCGAACUGUGACUGGCCGAAAAUGAUGAUAAAGAGCGUGCUGCUUAACAAGAGGUACCUGAUAUUUCUUGACGAUAUCUGGCACAAAAGGAAAUGGGAUGCCAUCAAAUACGCAUUUCCAAAUGACAAGCAUGGCAGUAGGCUGAUGCUCACCAUGCGAAACAAUGACGUGGCAUCAGCCUCCUGUGCAAAUUUUGGCUGGAAGGUCUAUGAACUAAUGCCCUUGCCUGAAGAGGAGUCCUGGAAGCUCUUUUAUAGAAAGACAUUUGAGGCGAACAGUUGCCCUCCUAACUUAGAGGUCAUCAGCAAAUUUAUCUUAAGAAAGUGCGAAGGGUUGCCCCUCCCAAUCGUGGCUAUUGGUGGUGUUCUGGCUUCGAAAGACAUUCGUAGAGUCGAUGAGUGGGACCUUGUCAGGAGAACACUACGAGUGGAGAUUGACAGCAAUGACCGGCUGAGAAAAAUUAACAAGGUGCUAUCACUCAGUUUUGAUGAUUUGCCUUACUACCUGAAGUCGUGUUUCCUGCACUUGAGUGUCUACCUGGAGGGUCAUGUGAUCAAGUGCAUGAGUUUGAUUAGAUUACGGGUGGCAGAAGGAUUUGUCCAAGAAAAGAGAAGGCAGGACCUUGGAAGAAGUUGCCGGUGA